AUGAUCAUAUUUUCUAUCAACCAAAAGAAGGAAGGGAAUCGGAUUCCUCAACUUGAUGUAUUAUUUAUGUGGUGCAUCCUUACACCAAAUGUAUUUUGUCACCUCCCUUACUGUGUUGCAUACUUUUUGACAAAGCGGGCAGGAAAGAGCAGGGUUGGGGCCCCUAUUUAUGGUGGAAUGAUGAUCACCAAAUUGGCUAGAUAUUUUGGGUUACUUGAUGAUCCCGAUGAUAUGUUUCUGACAAGAAUGGAUGGCCGCUCAUUGCUGCCAAGUUUAUUCAAGAUUGUGUGUAUAGUGAAGGACAUGGAAAACGACACCUAUUCGGUGCCGGUGGAUGAUACGGUUGAGGUUCCAGUAGGUCGUCGGAAUGUGAGGCCAAUGAUGGAGGGUCAGGAGCCCAGAGAUGAACCCAUGAGAGAUGAGAUACAUAUGGAUCCAUAUCACAUUAUGUCUAGACAAUAUGAUGAUGAUGUGGGCAGGGGAUUGAAUUUUACGGGGUAUAGUUUGGAGGCAAUUAUGCAUCAUCUCGUUAUUCUACCUUAG